AUGGCCACAAAUCCGGCAACGGCUGCAGUAAUGGCCGCCACAGCAGCAGCCUUCGAGGCCUCCAAAAAUCCCCACCGUGUUUGGUCUCCCAUGGUGACUAGUGCAAGCAAUCCCGCCCUCCCUUUAACGCAUCCCCACCUGACUGCUGUCUCAAGUCGAACUCCCACUCUCCUGUUGCACACUCCUUCAUCUGGAGUUGUGACAGCAGCGUCAUUAGACAGACGCACACAGCUGCCUAUUUUCAUAGCAUCCAAUGAAAAUUCAGCGGCCAAUAAUGCCAAGAUGAAUUAA